AGGCCUGCUCUCCUGGGACCUUAACGAAUGCUUGGUGGACUUGGAAAAGGAGCUGGCCAUUAUCACGGAGCAAGCUUUAGAAGGGGAAGAGGCUAGAUAUGGGGAACGCCUGAUUCAGUUCGCUUCCGAGAACCUGGUCACCGAAAUUUUAAUUCAUCCAGCAGUCAGCACACUAGCGCAAUGCAUGCGCAAUCUGCUCAGCAGUUUUACUCGACACCGUCACAUUAUCCACGCCGGAUACACCUUCGCGGCCAAUGGUUCUUGGGCUCUCCAGGAUGGCACAUUUUCCUACGUAGACUUCUCCGAAGCCUUCCAAGAAUUGGAAGUUCAAAGAGUCGUGCGGGCCUAUGAGAACGGCAUCAGCAUGGAUAUUCACUGCGCUCCAGAAGGGGACUGGCCCCGAUUGCCAAAAGAACCUCACUCCAAAGCAUGCAAGGUGCACAUCAAUCCAACAGACGUUCUAACAUCUGGUUCUCCGGCCAUUUCUGCUUUCGUGGAGUACCUCUCACCGUUUUUGGUUCCAACUGCUUUAGAAAACUUGCUAGAAAGCUCGGAUGUGGUGGGAAAUAUUAGGUUUUCCAGGCCUACUUUGUAUGUUUUUCCUGGUGGACAAGGUGAUGCUGCACUAUUUGGAAUCAAUGGCUUUAACAUGCUAUUGGACGGUGGUUAUUCCAGAAAGGCCUGCUUUUGGGACUUCGUAAGACACUUAGAUAGAUUAGAUGCUGUGCUAAUGACAAGACUGAAUAAUAGUAAUGUAGGAGGAAUUAGUUCAGUGCUAAGGAGGAAAAAGCAAGAUGCUCUCUAUCCACAGAUAGGACACUUUUUUUGUAAUAUUCAGGAGAGAAAAGCUAUUCUGAGUCCAGACGGUGAUAAAGACAAGGAUCCACUGUUGAUCAACUUACUGGAAGAAGGUCAAGAAAUCAUAUCGAAUCUGCGCCAUUUAAAUCUAAAUCCUCAGGUUUGCUACAGAGAUUCCGAGCCUAUUAAUUUGUACCAUAAAGUAGGACAUGGUACUCUAGAUAUGUACGUACUUAGUCCGGCCAAAGACUCUAAAGAAGUUAGAGAAUUCUUAUUAAAGUGGAACCACAGCGACCAAAAACUAUUUGCCAACGCAAAAUCUAGUCGAGACUUUAAUUUCCCAAUUCAGAAUUUAAUAUCGAUAUCAGCCUUGUUAGUCUGGCGUCCUGCAAAUCCCACUGAUACAAUUACUAGGAUACUUUAUCCUGGAAGCUGUCCGCAAAAUAAAAUACUCGAAGGUUUAGAUAGACUUAAAAAUUUAGACUUUAUCAAACAUCCAGUAUGUAGCGAAAAAUCUCUCGUACCCAUUUUAACUACCAAAAAGACUGCCAAAGAAGCCAUAUUCGACAGAAUUAUUACCAAAGAAAAACCUACCGUAGAAAAGAAAGAAAACAAACUGAUAGAAAACGAGCUACCUGCUGUAAAUGGUGAUAUUAAGGAAAAGGAAAAAAUCGUCAAAAAGUCAGACUCAACCGAAAGCGACAAAAGUACCAAGACUAAAAAACACGACGAGCAGAAAAUAAUAGAAAACGGAGACAAACCAAAAACCAAACCAAAAGCUCAAAAACCAAGAGGUGAAUCUCAACAAAGAAGGAAACCGACAGAUAAGAAAUCGCCUACAAUGGCCAAAAAACCUGUAGAAAAUGGUGAUGUUAGAAAAGUAACCAAACAAUCUCCUCUUACAACCCCAGCCAAGAGUGCCAAAGAUGCUAAUAAUAGAAAAGUUCUAGAAAGUAAAGUUAAAAAGGAAGUAGCUAAACCUCCAGUAACAACCGAACCAAAGCCUAAAGUAGAAAAAGCUGAGAAAGUAGAAAGAAAACCAAUUUCUAGAAGACCUCCUGCUAAGAAAGCACCAAUUAGUCCUGCGAAGAAAAUAGUAAAUGGAGUACAAAAACCUGACUCUAUCUCCAGAAAGGGAAAACUAGACAAAGAAGGUACUACCGACUCCAGCACCGUUAGUACUCCUUCGGCAGAUCAAGAAAGUGUACUUAAAAAAGACAUAUCAAAACUGACACCCGAUGAAUUCCAACAAAUGAAGGCACAAGAAUUAGCCGAACUAAAAGAAGAACAAGAAGCUGUGAAAGAAAUCGAAGCAGUUUUUAGAAAGGGAGAGGUUCGUAAAGAUGACGAUGAAGCUCUUAGAAAAGUAAAAGAAGUAUCAAUAGAUGAAAAACUAGAUACAGAAGAAUACCUCAUUAUUGAAAAAGAAGAAAUCGAGCAGCUGUCUUUAGAAGAAAAAGAGACUAAAGAUGAAAAUCUAAAACUUGCUCGAGAUAGCGAAGAGUCUGAAAAACAGAGAAAAUCGAGCAAAGAAGAACAAGAAUUAGAGAAACAAGAAAUUCAAAAACAACUAGCUGCUGCUCAGGCUGAACAAGAAGAACCAACCAAAGCUAAAGAUGAACCACUUCAAACAAGUAAAGUUACUAGUCCUGAAGAAAAAGUAGACGUUUCUAUCGAUAAAAAAAUUACAGAUAAAGAACCCGAUGAAGAAGUUAAAGAUGUAGGAGAAUCGCAACCAGAUGAAAAAGUUUCUGCUACUGUAAAGUCCGGAGAUACCACAACUGCUCCAACUCUACCAGAAGACGAAAGAAUUCCUCUGGACGAAAUUAAAGAAGACAUCGGACCUAUCGAAGAAAAAUACGUCAAGGAAGAAACCAAGGAAAAGGAAGUCCUACGAUACAGAUUAGAUAAGCAACAACACAUACGAGACAUUGUUAAAACUCCAGAUGAAGUGGCAGACUUGCCUGUACAUGAAGAAGUCGACUAUGAGUAUACUCAUGAAUUAAAAGCUGAAACUCCAAAAUCAAACGAUAUUAUUGAAAAGAAAGACGAGCCAACAAAAGAAAUAGAUGCAGGCUUUAGCAAGGAACAAGCUAAGGAGGAAGAAACAGAAAAAGAUAAGGAUGAGGUUGUUAUUCUCGAAGAAGAUAGCAAGAAAGCUAUGCAAGACGAACUAAAAACCUUAACAGAUAUUGUACUAAAAAGCGAAUCAAUAUUAGAGAAAGACAUAUUAAAAGAAUCUGAGAAAAAAUUAAGUCAAGAGUUAGAAGAAUCCAAAGAAAUUGAAGAAAACAAAGACACAGCAGUAGAACAAGAAAAGAAUAAAGAUGAGGCUGUAACCUUGGAAGAAAUUGACAAAGACGAAACUAAAGAGGUUGAAGAAACAACAACAAGACGUAAACGAUCCUUACAAUAUGCUGAAAUGCCAGAAGAAGAAAAACCAGACGAAGUAAAAGAAGAAAAGCAAGAUGAAGUAGUUCAAGAAAUUGUUCCAGAAGAGCAACCUAAAAAGCAGGAUGACGACGAAAAAGACAAAGAUGAGACUGAGGUGAAAGCUCCCGAAUCUAUACCGUCAGUGGAAGAAGUACAACAAGAACUAGUUAAAACUACAGAACAACUUGUUAAAGAAACAAAAGAAAGCACAGACCAGUUGAAAAAAAUUGAUGAUAAAUUAAAGAGUUUAAAGGAAGCCUUAGUUGAACCAGAAAUAGUUACAGAAAAAGCUGCAGAAGAUACUACCCUAGAAGAUAUCGAGAAAGUGGAAAUUCUUGCAGGAGUCGACAAAUUAGAACUUGGGAGAAAAUCACCAAAAGAACGGGAAGGGGAUGUUAUGAAGAUAGUUGCGGGUGUCGCAGAAGUUCUUAAAUCAGAUGCCCCACUAGAAGAAUUCGAGAAAAAAAUUCCUAUAACUACAUACAGCACUUAUUCGACUCCGUAUACUCAAGAACUCCGAGAAACACAUAUAACUACUGUUGACUCUCCAACCAUCGAAAUGAAAGUUAUUAAUACCGAUAUUCCCACCAUUCCUGAGGAACCACAUACCAUUAUUGCUUCCUUUUUGAACGAGGAAAGAAAAAUUGCUCCAAUACAUGAUAGCACUCCUGAAAGUACUUCCCCAAAAGUUGAGGACAAGAAAAAAAAUUUACUUAAGGAAUCCCAAGAACUUAUGAUGGCUACAUCCAAAAUGUUAUCGGAUAUUAAAUCCGGAAAAUCUGAAGAAAAACUUGAUGAAGAAAAAACUGAAGUCAUCGAAUCUAAGGAAGAAGGAAAGGAUGAGAGCAAAGAAGCCGAAGAUGACGAAAAGCCAGAUGAAGAUGUAGGUACAGUACAUAGAAUGUUGGUUACAGCGUCGAGUGAAGAUGGCGGAGAAGAAAUUGAAAUUUGUCCACCUGGUACCAUCACAUUCUCUAGAAGUUCCGAAAGCUCUGGAAGAAGUUCACCAGAUCCUUCACAUAAAGUAUCUCAGAAAUCUUCAAUCGUUGACACUAUAUCUGACACCUUAAGCACGGUCAGACAAGUAGGCGAACUUCAUUCUGAAAAGGAUUCAGGAAUUGAUGAUGCCAAUGAAGAAGGUCAUGAGAAAACAACUGUUCCCGAUCAACAACCAAAAGAGGGCGGUACAUCUGUAGUGGAAAAAACAGAAGAUCUUCCACUAUCUGGCAAGUCUAGUCCCGAUAAGGAUGCUUCCAUUAAAAGUAUAGCUUCUGGAAAAUCUACGCCUGAUCUUUCUGACUUUGAUAAAUCUAAAGAAGGUUCUGCUGUUGAAGAUGUUAAAAAAGAUUCAGAUCUUGGAAUUUUAGAUAAACUCGGGCAGAAAAUAGAAGACACUCUAACAACAGUAGAAGAAUUAAUUCACUCCACAAAAGAUGAAGAUGCAACCAUAAAACCACAAAUAAAUGAGGAAAAGGUUGAAAGAAAGAGUUCAGUUGUGGAAAUUGGGGAAAAAAUCGAGAAAGUUUUUGAAGAAACCUCAUAUUCUAUCACUGCCAUACCUGAUACGAAAGAUGUCAAUGAAAAAUUAACAACACAAAUUGACGAUUUAUCACAAAAAACUGACCUAAAAGUGGACACAGAACCAUUAGCAGAACUGACAGCAGCUACCACAAAAACAGAAUUAGAUGACAAGAAACAUGAUCUUCUAGAAGAUUUAGAUCAUAAGUUAGAAGAUGUGGAGAAAUCGGUAAAAGAGGUUAGUUGUGAUAUAGAUAAACAUAAGGAUACUUUGGAAAAUGAUUUAGAAAAGAAGAGAGAUUCCAUCUCAGGUAAAGGACAAGAUUUAGAAAGUGGCGUAGAUGAAAACGUCAUUAAAACUAAAGAUGGUAUUCUCGACCACCUGGAAGACAAAACAGAAAAACUAACAAAAGAUAUUGAACAUACCGUAGUCCAAGAUAGUGAUCAUAUAUUAGAUACAGCCAAAGAAUUAAAGGAGGAAAUAGUUGAGAAAAAACAAGACAUAAAAAUAAGUGCCAUUGAAGUUAUUGAUGGUCUUAAAGACAAACAAGACGAAGACGAGUUAGUUAAGAAAGCCAAAGAUGAAGUAACUAAAAUUUUUGAAGAUAAAAUUUCCGAAGUACAUCAUGAAACAAGCCAACUUGAAGAUGCAAUUAUGGAAUCACAAGAUCAGAUAGUCCAAGACUUAGAAGAUAAAAAAGAAGGCAUACAAGCAACUACACAAGAAGUAAGUAAAGAUGUAGAAGAGUCAAUAAUAAAAGAAACUGAUGUACUAUUGGAAGCCGCUAAACAUACUAAGGGUGUUAUUGAUGAUAAGAAAGAAGAAAUAGUAGCUACCAUCGAUACACUAAAUGAUAUCGAAGAGCCCACAUUAAAAAAGAGUAAUGAAGUUAUAGAGGAAGAAGAAAAAAUUAAAGUUUUAGAGGAACAUCUUACCGAAAGCGAAGACAAACUUUUAGAGCAACUUGAAGGUAAACAGGAAGAUGCAAAAGAAUCCCUAACCAAACACGAAGAUAUAGAAGCUGCAAAGGAAAUUAAAAGUGCUGUUGAACCAAGUAAAGAAGAGCUAACAGGUGCUUUGGAUCAAGAGAAAGAUAAAGUACUGCAAGAUAUUAAGACCAUUCAAGAUUCUAGUAAAGAUAUUAAAGAAGAGGUGUCAAAAACCGUCUCUGAAAUCGAAAAAGGUUUAGAAGAAGACAAAGAAGAAACGCAGAAAGAUCUAAAAGAUACAGAAGAAUCUUUAAUUAAACCAGUAGAUGAACUUUCAGAUAUAAAAGUCGACGUAAGCAAAAGUAUAGAAGAUGCUAUUAGCGAAAAGAAAGAAGAACUUCUUGAAAUCGUCAAGAGUGGCAAAGAAGAUGUUACAGGUACAAAAGAAGAUCUAGAUAAGGAUAAAGAUGAUGUUGGUGAUCAUUUAAUACAGGACAAACUUGCUGCAGAUAUAGAUCAAACUAAAAUAAAAGAAAAAUUAGAAGAUGUCAGUCAGAAAAAAGAUGAAAUAGUUGAAGAUAUUAUUGAUAAAAAGGAAGAAAUCCAAGAAGUUCUAGCAACUCAAGAACAUGUUAAAGAUGGAACAGCCCACAUAAAAGAUUUAAAAGAUAAGCUGGAAGAUCACAAGGAAAUAGCUCAUACAAAAUUGGAUGAUCGUAAGGAAGAAAUAGUAGACAAAUUGGUAAAAGAUCAAGACGAAAACAAAGAUAAGGUAGCUGAAAGCUUCGAAGAAACUAAAGGUGACCUUGAGAAAGGUGUAAUUGAUAUAAAAGAGGAAAUAGAGGAUGUAAUCAAGCAGCAAACACAGAUCGAAGGCAUAGUUUUAGAUGCCACUAAGCAAAUUGAAGAUACAGGAGACGUAACAGAUGAAUCAAAAUUAAAAACUGAUUCUGUUCCACAUGAACAAAAGGAGAUUAUAGAAAUUGGAAAAAAAGAUCAACUAGAAGAAGACAUAAAAGAACAAAAGGACAAACCACAAGAUACCGUUCAGGAAUCUCUUAAGGAUUCAGAUGACUUCAUAUCUAAAAUGAAAGAAGAUUUGUUAGAGACUUCAAAAGAUAUUAAAGAAGACUUCAUUUUAGACGAGAAGACCAAAAUGACAGACGUUGAGAAAACAGUUCAGGAGUCGAUUAAAGAUGAUUUAACUGAAGAAAAAGACAAAAUUAAAGAACAAAUAAAGGAUGUAAAAGAUAUUUCAAAAGUGAGCACAUCAGACACGUCUUACGAACCAGAAAAGGCUAAGGAUGAAGUUUCCAAAGACAUAGCAGACACGCAACGAGAGGUCGAAAUUGUGGCACAUGGAAUUGUCGACCACAUUGAAGACGAUAUAAGCAAGCAAAAAGAUGAUUUAUUUGACUCUGUAAGAGAAGUGGAGCAGACAACUAAAGAAACAAAACUUGACUUAGAUCCGACUAUUACAGAAAAGGAUAAGGUAAUAGACGAUUUAAACCAGGCAAAGAACGAAAUUGUUGAAGUUGGCAAGGACAUGAAAGAUACUGUGGAAGAGAAAAAGGAACAUGUUGGUGCAGUUAUCGAUAACUUAAAUGACCAAAAAGAAAAACUAAGUGAUGAUAUUAAAGACAAACCAAAAGAUAUAAAGGAUGCCGUGAAAGAUACGUUCAGUGGUAUAGCUGAGAAGACGUCUGGUCUCUUUGGUAGUAUUAAAGAUACAUUCAAGGAAAAACAUGAUGAGAUUAAAUCAGAUAUUACCGAAACUUUGGAUAGUUUAAGCACCAAGAAAGAUGAAGUGAUCCAAGAAGUUAAAGAUACCAAACAACAAAUAGAAUCAGACAUACAUGACUCUGUUAAAGAAACGGCAAGCGAAAUAUCCAAACAAAAGGAUGAUGUUAUAGAAAAUAUUAAAGGUACCGUUGUUGAAAAAAUUGAAGAUCUAAAAUCAGCAGUAGCAACUAUAGACGAGAAGAAAGAUGAGCUUGUAGAGCACAUAAAAGAAAAAAAGCAAGAUAUAGCAGCAGGCGUUGAUGAUACUAUUAAAGAUAGUGAAGAAUUUUUAACUCAAACAAAAAUAAAUGUUUUAGAAUCAUUACCAGAUGUCAAGGACAUAAAACACACAAUUGAAACAAAUAUAAAUGAACCUGUUAAAGAUAUAGUAGACAAAAUAUCUGAAACGAAGGAUAGUGUUCUAGAAGGUAUUGAAGAUGCCAUGCUGCAGAAAACAAAAGAAGUAAAAGAAGAAGUAGAUGCUAAAAAGGUUGAGAUUGUACAAAGUUUGAAAGACAUAAAACAAGACAUUGUAACAGACUUAGAUGAAGGCAUUGAAGAAGCUGAUGAAGUUCUUACUCAAAAAAAACUGGAGACAUUAGAGACAGUAAAAGAUAUAGCAAGUACAGUUGAAUCCAAACAAGACGAAAUUAAAGAUAUCACAGUAAAAAAACAUGAUGAGUUAACAGAGAAAGCCGAUAAAGUUUUAGAAGACAUUAAGACUGGAUUAAUAGAUACGACACAUGCAUUGAAAGACGCAGUUGAAUCCAAGAAGGAAGAAAUUAAGGAUGAUGCUGUAAAAAAACAUGAUGUAUUAACAGAGAAAGCUGAUGAAGUUUUAGAAGACGUUAAGAAGGGAUUGGAGGAGACAAAAGAAGCAUUAGAAGAUGCAGCUACAUCCAAAAAAGAAGAAAUUCUGGAAACCAUAGUAAAAAAACAGGAUGAAUUAACGGAGAAAGCCGAUAAAGUUUUAGAAGACUUAACAGAGAAAGCUGGUGAAGUUUUAGAAGACGUUAAAAAGGGAUUAAAGGAUACAAAAGACGACUUAGAACACGCGGUGAAAUUAAAAGAUGAAGAAAUUCAAGAUGCCACUGUUAAAAAAUAUGACGAAUUAACAGAAAAAGCCGAUACAGUUUUAGAAGUCUUUAAAAAAGAACUUGAAGAUACAACAGACGCUCUUCAUGGAACGGUAGAAGAUCUAACGGAUAAAAAGCUUGAAAUUGUUGAGGAUCUACAUGGUACAAAGGAAAAAAUUGAGUCAGGUGUUCAUGAUGCAACAGAAAAGAAAAAAGAUGAUAUAGUAGAUGCAGUAAAAGACAUUGAAGCAGAAUUGCAGAAUGGAAUUAGUGAUGGUUUUAAAGUUAUGAAAGAAGACAUAGAUAAAACGAUUGAUAAUAUUGUAGACACAAAGAAAGAAAUAUCAACGAGUUUAGAGGAUGCAAUUACAGAUUUAACUGAGAAAACAGACCUACUAGUUAAAGAUGUAAAAGAAAAAGAUGAAAAGGUUAAAUGUACCAUUGAAGAUAAAACGGAAUCUAUAAAAGCUGAAACGGCUGAUGUCUUAAACCGAGUAGAAGAGAAGAAAGACAUUUUAUUAGAAGACUUAAAAGAUAAACAAGAAGAAAUUAAGUCAUUUGUGAACGAAGUAAAAGAAGAUGUAAAGAUGGGUUUGGCUGAUUCUUUAAAAGACUUAGAUGAAAAGAAGGAUGCAAUUAUAGAUGAUCUACAAGAUAAGCAUGAAGAAGUCAAGUCUUCUUUGCAAGAUGUAAAAGAAGCAGCAAAGAUAGGUAUAACUGAUUCUUUAAAAGAUUUGACUGAGAAGAAAGAUGCAAUUGUAGAUGAUUUACAAGAUAGGCAUGAAGAAAUUAAGUCUUCUGUGCAAGAUAUAAAAGAAGCAGCAAAGGUAGGUAUAACUGAUUCUUUAAAAGACUUGGCUGAAAAGAAGGAUGCAAUUGUAGAUGAUGUAAAAGAUAAGCAUGAAGAAUUCCAGUCUUCUAUCACAAAAUUAAAAGAAGAAGUAAAGAUAGGUAUAACUGAUUCUUUAAAGGACUUUGGUGAAAAGAAAGAUGCAAUUAUAGAUAAUUUACAAGGUAAGCAUGAAGAAAUCAAGUCUUCUGUGCAAGAUGUAAAAGAAGCAGUAAAGAUAGGUGUAACUGAUUCUUUAAAAGACUUGGUUGAAAAAAAGGAUACAUUUGUAGAUGAUAUAAAAGAUAAGCAAGAAGAAAUUAAGUCAGCGGUGCAAGAAGUCACAGAAAAUGUAAAGGAAGGUAUAGUUGAUUCUUUAAAAGACUUAUCUGAAAAGAAAGAUGCAGUGGUAGAUGAUCUAAAUGAUAAGAAAAACGAAGUUAAAUCUACUUUGGAGGAGAGUAAAAAAGAUUUUAAUAUUGCUACAUCUGAAAAAAUUGAAGAUUUAACUGCUAAAGCAGAGGAAGCCUUGGAAGAAAUUAAAAAGAAACAAGACGAUGUGCAUGACACUAUUAAAGAUGUAAAAAUUGAUAUAAAGGAUACACUUAAAGAUAUAAGUGUGACAAAGGACAAACUAUUCGAUGGCAUAGAAGAAAUAAAAUCCAGUAUUCAAGAUACACAAAUACAUCUUACUGACCAGGUAGAAGAAAAAACAGCCGAAGUGACCGAUGAGUUAAAACAUACACAAGCAGACAUUAAAUCAAAUAUACACGAUAUUGCAAGUACAACUGAAGAUUCGGUAACACAAAUAAAAGACGAAUUAUCAGAUGCUGCACAAAAAUCUAAAGAACUUAUUCAAGAAGAAAAAGUACAAGAGACUGUUGAAUCUGCGGUCACAGAAAAAGAAGAAAUAUUAGAAAAAGCUUUCGAUAAAGUAGAUUUAGCUAUUUCGGAAACUGGAAUCGAUCUAUCUGAGACUAAAAGAUGUAUAGAAAAGGAAGCAUUAGAGAAAAAGGCAGAAAUUUUAACUGAUGUAACAGGUGAUAUUUGCGAAAAAACUGAAAGUUUAACGAAAUUAGCUCAAGAAACCAUCGAUGAUAUCAAAGAUUUAAAAGGUAAUUUAGAAUCACAUAUAGAAGGUGCAACGAAAGAACUCCAUACAGAAACAGAAAUCUUAAAACAAAAAACAACAGAUGCUAUAACGGAUAUAAAAGAUUCUCUUAUUUCUGGUAUUGAAGAAACAAAGGAUGAAAUUGUAGAAACAAAGGACAACACAAACCAGAUGGUUCAAGAUAAAGUCUGUGAUCUUGUAACAGCAAAAGACAAUUUGGUGAAAGAUGUUGAAGGUAAGGUUGAAGAUUUUCUUAAAGAAAAAGAAGGUGAUCUAACUCUAGCAAAGGAGAGUGUCACAGAGAGUUGCAAAGAAACAAAAGAAUCUGUCCAAUACGCUGUUCAAGAAAAAGUUGAUGAUGUAUUAAAGAUAAAAAAAGAAGUUUGUGACGGUAUACAAGAUGUUAAAGCAGAUAUUGUUGAUAAAAAAGAAGAGAUAAAGAAGGAGUGCCAGGAAAAAUAUGAUGAUCUUCAUGACCAGAUUAUAAAAGUUGAUAAAAGUGUGAAAUCAGGCAUAGAAACUUUAGCAAGUGCAACAUCAGAGACGUUUAGCAAAGGAGAUACAAAUCUAGAACAGGAAAUAAAAGAUGUUGAAGACGAUAGCCAUGGGAUUAUAGACUCAAUAGACAAAGGAAUAUCAGAAACUUUAGAAUCAAUAUCAAGUUUUGGUAAAAGCUUGUUCUCUAGUGAAGAAAAAUCUGAUAAAAAGGAAACUUCGACAAGUAAGGAUAAAGAAGAAAAAUCCCCUUCGGAAAAAGAAACUAUGGACGAAAAAGUACUAAAAAAGGAACAAGUUCUUGAAGAAGCUGCCGGUGACUUAGAAGAAACAUUUAGGACUGUUAUUGACAUGACCCAAUCUGUAAUAUUCGACAAGUGUGAUAAACCUUUUGAGGACGAAUUGUCAGAAGAAGAGGAAUCCGUUAAAGAAAAAGAAAAGUUUCUAGACAAAUUUACCGAUGACGUUGAGGAAACUUUUGAAACAGUUGAGAAAAUGGCGAGAAGUUUAUCAUUUGAAAAAUGUGAUAGUCGUCCAAAGAAGGAUGAAGAUGACUUGCAAAAAAGUGACGUUGCUGUAACUUUAACAGAAAAACACGAAAAUGAGGACAUUAAAGAGAAAUCUUCUCUAGAAACAGAAUCCAAAGUUACUGAAAAGGGAGAAAAAGAAACGAUGGAAAAAGAUAAAGAAGUACGUUCACUGCCACAUGUUCAUAAUGAUACUUCUGAUAAAGUCGAGACGACAAAGAUAGACAAAACUGAACAUAAGACUGUUGAAAUAUGUGAUAAUAAACAAGAUUCUAUGAAGACUGUUCCGUUAAGCGUUGCUAGUACUUCUUUGAAAAAAGAAAGUGAAGAAUUAGAGAAACAACAAUUACAAGAUAACCUGUUGCACGAAAAGCAAUUUCCAGGUCGUAGAACUCCACCAACGGCACCGGUAAGCCCGAAUAUUACAGACGACGUAAAAUUUUCUGGUACGUUAAGUAAGGAAGCCCAUUCAGAUCUAGAACAUUUGUCAUCUUUGACAGAUGUUUCCUCCGAACAACUUUCAAGACAUGGUUUCGAUAGAGACAGCGACGAUGAAGACGAACAAUACAGUAUCACAUCACAAGUUGCGCAUUCCAGAGACUCAUCACAAGCCGAUUUCGACGUUCUUCGAAAUCAAGAUCCCAUGAGUAUGUCGUUCUAUGGAGCUCUUCCUGACGAAGAACCCGUAGAAGAACUGCACGAUAUCUCCAAGGAGAAGUUACCUGCUUCAUCCGCCGAUAAGACUGAUAGUACAAAGAGUGACGAAAAGACACAAGGACCUUCAACGUCAGACAAAAAAGACCCGAUAGAAUCGUGGGGAAAGCCUUUGGAGUUACCUGCUCCAACGUAUCUAUACGAAAUCACCAACGCCAAAUUCUCUGUCACCAGCCAGAGGCAAAUGACGGGUAUUCAACAAAGGCAGUUGCCUACAAGUACAAGACCUUCCGAGAGGAUGGAUAUGAUGACCACUAGCUUCUAUGGGCAGUUGCCUGAUGACGAUAUGGAUCCUAUCCAAUCUUGGGGAAAACCGUUAGGUUUACCGAGUCCGGCAGCUCCAAACGACAACAAGGGCACCCCGAAAAAGGAAAGAAAACUACCUGCAAACGUCACAGCGAAAAAUAAACUUAACGACGACAAAAAGAGGGCAGAAUCGCCUUCCAAAUAUAAUAAAAACAAGAAGAUUAAUCCAGUUUAUGUGGAUCUUACUUACGUACCUCAUCAUGGAAACGCUUAUUAUGCUUAUGUGGACUUUUUCAGAAGGGUUAGAGCGAGGUAUUACGUAUUUUCAGGAAUUGAGCCCAGCAGAGAAGUAUACAAUGCUUUGUUAGAAGCAAAGCAGACGUGGGAAGACAAAGAAUUGGAAGUCACUAUCAUCCCCACAUACGACACGGACAUUUUGGGCUAUUGGGUGGCAGAGAAUGAAGAACUUUUGACAAAGUUCAAAAUAGAUUUAUCUCCUUCUGCAUCCCGCUGCACCAUUAACCUCCAAGAUCAUGAAACAUCAUGUAGUGCUUAUAGAUUAGAAUUUUAA